UUCAAUCAGGCGUCGUAUUAUUUUGUUGUCUUUUUUUUCUGUCAAGACAGAAAAUUUACCGAUAGGUCCAUAAAAGCGUGAUGAUAGAGAUGGACACGCGUUUUACUCAAUUUUCCGACGUAUGCUUGUCAUAAACCAAAGCUUUGCAGUUGUGGGAUUACAAACUGUAGGAUGCAUUUGUGUGACGUCAUUUCUGGUGGCCCCGUCGUUUGACAAACUUUCAAAAUUUUUGGUGGUGGGAAAUCUGCGGUUGGUUAAAUGUAACUCAAACAUUUAAUGUUUUUGUGGCAUUGUUGCUGUGUUAUUUGCUAUUGAGGGCUUAAUGUUAGUGCAUCUCUUUGUUUCAUAGAGGUAGUAAUUUGUUUUGUGGGCCCAGCUUUUAAGAUUAUUUGAAACGAUAACUUCCGUUACUGUUGAGAGGCAUUAGACACUGACUGCCGUGUUCACUGCAAUGGCUCCUCUUAAAUUUUCCAUUAAGUGUGGGAACUUUGCCGUGCUGGUGGAUCUCCACAUUCUGCCCCUGGGCGGCCAAGAGGACACCAGCUGGUUUACUACGGACCACAUCGAGGAGGUCACAUUACUCAUUCGAGAUGCUGUGGACCAGAGGGUUAAGCAGCACACAGUCUCUCUCCGUAAUAGAAGACAGCCCAACCAGAAGAAGGAGCUGGCACCUGCUUCUCCCUUUUUUGUGAGAGGGAAAAACUUCAACUUGGAUGCCAAUUUUCUGAAGCGGCACAUCAACCUCAGAUGUAUUGUCAAGCAGCUCUAUGGGGAUUUGCGUAUGUUUCCUGAACGAUGUGUUGUAUGUGUGAGCUGUCCAGAGGAUGUCUCGGCGCACCGUGGAAACCCGAGCCUGGUCGCGACUGAGCUGAGUGAACAAAGCAGAUCAGAAUACUUUUCCAGAGUGGGAGAAACCCAGGAGCCUUUAAACAGCACCUCAAAAACAAAGAUGACUGUGCUUCAGAAGAUAGUCCAACAAGUGAUUGUCCAGCAGGAGCUCUGUGGUUUCAGUAUGGGGGAGCAGCAAAUUGAUCAGAGAGCAUGUCCCAAAGACCAGAGAGGAGGAUUGAGAGGUGGACAGUCAGAAUCAAGCCCAAAAGAGACUGUGUCCAGUUCUGGACAGAAGGUUCUCCCAGAGGCAGACCACAGGGUGUCUUGUCCAAGUGCCUCCACUCAAACUAUGGCUCAGAAGCGGGGAGUGACCCAGGAGCAGCAGACAGAGGAUAGUCCUCCAGACAGGAUCAACCCAAACAGGGCCUCAGUAGUUUCCUGCCAGCAAGAAUUUAGUCAGGAGACCAGUAGGAACAAGAGGUGCAAGCUGAUCAGUGCAGGGGAAGACCAUUGCCCACAGAGGGCCGAGAGGACGUGCCUUGGAAGACCUCCAGCCACAGUGCAAACUCAAUCCACUGAAUGCUCCACACAAACUUCCAAGCAUGGCCUUCUUUCUCUGCUGCCCCUUCCUCCAGUUGAAACCAAGGCAGACUCCAAGGUUUUCCCAAUCUCUGAGUGCAAGAAAACCACACUGGAAGUAGAGCUGCUUACUCCAGGGAAACGGGCCCAGAGCCUCCUGCUCACAAGCAGCAAUAACACGGCACAGACAAACCAAAACAGGCUGGCCACAAGUCUGAGGGGCCUAUCUGUCAAGACUGCAUCCUCAGGCUCCUCUAUUAGUUCCAGAUCCACACUCGGAGAGGAGGGGAGUGAAAAUGGACCCAGAACCUCUAGAUUACGACGAGUGAAGAGGUCCUGCCACAGAGAUAGAGAUAUUUUCAGGCCUCAUGUUUACCCCAUGCAGUCUCCUCAGACAACUGGCAUUUUUGUCACGUUACUACGAUAG